AAACACUGGUAGGGGGAAGACGGUGAUAGAGAUCGAAGAGAAGACCGGAGAAGAGAAGGGUAGGGGAAAAAUGAAUUCGGAUUUCGGCGUUCCCCGGGAGCUCUCUGAGCUCCAGCAGAAGAGAGCUGAGUACCUUGCCGAGCUCCCUCCUUGCCUUCAGGGGACAACGGUGAGGGUAGAGUUUGGCGAUUCAACUACCACUGCAGAUCCAUCUAGCGCGCAUGUUAUCAGCCGGGCCUUUCCACACACAUUUGGGCAGCCGUUGGCUCAUUUCUUGAGGGCAACAGCAAAGGUCCCUGAUGCUCAGAUCAUAACAGAGCAUCCACCUAUGAGGGUUGGCAUCGUAUUUUCUGGGAGACAAUCACCAGGGGGACAUAAUGUUGUAUGGGGCCUUCACAAUGCUCUCAAAAUUCACAACCCUGACAGUGUUUUGCUUGGGUUUCUUGGUGGCACUGAAGGUUUUUUUGCCCAGAAAACUCUGGAAAUCACAAAUGAUGUUCUUUCUACGUAUAAAAACCAAGGUGGUUAUGAUUUGCUUGGUCGAACCAAAGAUCAAAUAAGAACAACUGAGCAAGUUAAUGCUGCAAUGACUACAUGCCGUGCUUUGAAGUUGGAUGGUCUUGUUAUUAUUGGAGGGGUCACGUCCAACUCUGAUGCUGCCCAGCUUGCAGAGACCUUUGCUGAGUCAAAAUGUCCAACCAAGGUGGUUGGCGUUCCUGUCACAUUAAAUGGGGAUCUGAAGAAUCAGUUUGUUGAAACAAAUGUUGGAUUUGAUACAGUAUGCAGGGUUAAUUCACAACUCAUAAGCAAUGUUUGCACAGAUGCUCUCUCCGCACAGAAGUAUUAUUAUUUCAUUCGCUUGAUGGGUCGCAAGGCAUCUCAUGUGGCUUUGGAAUGUGCUCUCCAGUCACAUCCAAAUAUGCUCAUCUUAGGUGAGGAGGUGGCUCUGUCAAAACUUACUAUAUUUGACAUAACAAAGCAGAUCUGUGAUGCAGUCCAAGCCAGAGCAGAAAAAGACAAGUAUCAUGGUGUCAUUCUUAUUCCUGAGGGUCUUGUAGAAAGCAUUCCGGAAUUGUAUGCGCUCCUUCAGGAAAUUCAUGGUCUCCACAACCAAGGUGUUUCUACAGAGAAUAUUUCUUCACAUCUUUCACCUUGGGCAUCUGCCUUGUUCGAAUUUUUGCCUCCUUUCAUCAGGAAACAGCUGCUGCUUCUUCCAGAAUCUGAUGACUCUGCACAGCUGUCCCAGAUUGAAACAGAGAAACUUCUAGCCCAGUUGGUGGAAAAAGAAAUGAACAAGCGUAUGAAAGAAGGCACAUAUAAAGGAAAGAAAUUCAACGCUGUCUGUCACUUCUUUGGUUAUCAAGCUCGGGGAUCCGUACCAUCCAAAUUUGAUUGUGACUAUGCAUUUGUUCUUGGACACAUCUGCUAUCAUAUUCUAGCUGCUGGUUUGAAUGGAUAUAUGGCUACUGUAACAAACUUGAAACAUCCUGUGCACAAGUGGCGAUGUGGUGCUGCUCCACUGACGGCAAUGAUGACUGUGAAGCGAUAUUCACGUGGUCCUGGAUCAAUACCUAUUGGAAAACCUGCCAUCCAUCCUGCUUCAGUUGACUUGAAAGGAAAAGUAUAUGAGUUGUUGAGACAAAAGGCACCUAGUUUUCUGAUGGAUGACUUGUACAGAAACCCAGGACCACUUCAAUUUGAUGGUCCGGGUGCUGAUGUGAAGACUUACACAUUAUCUGUUGAAGAUCAAGAUUACAUGGGCCGAAUCAAAAAGCUCCAGGAAUACCUUGAUAAGGUGAGAAGCAUUGUGAAGCCUGGGUGUUCACAGGAUGUGCUGAAAGCUGCUCUAAGUUCCAUGGCCUCUGUGACAGAUGUGCUAUCGGUGAUGACCGCUCCAUCAUUCCAUAGCCAGCCACCUCUUUGAGUUGCGGAAGCAUCUUCAAUGGAGAUCUACCAGUGACCUGUUCUGUUCAUUUCCUUCAACAUAAUCUACAUAAUCUUCUAUUUUUCCAUCAAGUCAGUAAUGGUAUGAAGUCAGGAUCAUUGGCAUCCUCAACAUUCAGCCUACUUGUAUGUCUAUGCUACCGCGGGCCUCCUGGCAUUUUCGACGUUGGUGAGUUCUUACAAUGAGUCUGUUUAUGCAAAAUAAUGACACAAGCAAACAGUGUCAAACAACUGUGAUUUGAGCAUUUGCUUCAGCCAGAUGAAGUUCCAUGUAUUUAAUUAUAGACACAGCAGGGAAUGUAGGCUUCUGAAAUUUUUGGGAUGUUGAAUGGUGAUGCGUCGUAUAGCUGCAGUGCUGCACUGAGGAUAGCUGCUCUUAUGAUUAAUUGGCGUGCAUCAUUGUAAUCCAUAUAUUUACAUAUAUACAUGCAUAUAGUCAUGGUAAAUGCAUCCUUAAUAUA